UAAGUAGAUUCUCAACACAAACAUUCUCCUACUUCUUAUUCAUCUUUAUAUAAUACAAUUAGUUGAUCUCAAUUUUGGCCAUUGUCAACAACUUCUUCACCAUGCCAACUCCCACUCCCACCAAGACACGGCGUUUAAGCCCCGUAACAUGCAUAGCCCUCAUACUCUUAACCAUUAUUGUCAUUAUAGGGUUAACAGUACUUGUAAUUUGGCUCUCAGUUAAGCCACGACGACCAAUUUACACAAUUGAAAAUGCUUCACUCCACAAUUACAACAUGACUAAAAAUGACCAUUUGUAUGGAAAUUUCAACUUCACGUUAAAGGCAUACAAUCCAAAUAGCAGAGUUUCCAUAUAUUACGACAGCAUUGAAGUGAAGCUGUUUUACAAUACUCUACAGAUUGCAUUCAACAAUGCGGAAACAUUCUUUCAGCCUCGUCGUAACGUGACUUAUUUGGAUCUUUUCCUUUCCGCGAAAGAUGUGGCAUUAUACGGAGACAUUGCCCGUGAUUUAAAGAAGGAAAGGACAUCAGGAGCUGUGGAAGUAGAGAUUAAAGUUAGAGCUAAGAUAAGGUUUAAAGUUGGACUUUGGAAAUCAAGUCAUAGGAAGCUGAAGCUAUCGUGUAGCCCUAGAGUGGCUGUUUCUUCAACCAAGAGUUCUCAGACUUCCCCUUGUGACUUGGAUUUAUAAAUUUUUUUAAUUUAAUUUUUGGAUUUGUUGUAUCAUGUCAAUUGUUUGUUAGUUUUUCUUUUCUUAUUCUAUUUCAAGAUUAUUAUUAUUAUUGAUGAAUUAUUGUAAUCUUUUGUUUUCUUUUUCCUUGAAAAUUUUCAUUUCAAUGUGUGACAAGUAUAAUGGUUUGAAA